UAAAUAUGACGUGAUUCAACGCCGCCUUUCUCUUACUACCACAUUCCCCAGAAUCCACCGCGGUCGUCCUCACUUGGCUUGUGUGCUCAAAGUGUCAAACCCAAGAUGGCACUUCACCGGUUAUUCCACCUGUCCUCCCUGCUGCGCUCCGCCGUGAGCCUGACCCUGCGCAGGAACAUCGGCAUCUCCGCUGUCGUCUUCAACCGGGCUAAGGAGCUCGACCCCGUCCAGAAACUGUUCCUGGACAAGAUCCGUGACUACAAAACCAAGAGCAAGGCAUCUGGCGGUAUUGUGGACGCAGGACCUGCUUACCAGAAGAACCUGUCUGAAGAGGUCUCCAAACUAGAGAGGCUAUACGGAGGAGGAGACCUCGCCAAGUUCCCUGACUUCAAAUUCACAGAUCCCAAGCUGGAUGAAGUGCCCAAGUAAAUGCUGUCCAUGUUGUAAAUCUCCUACAUGUCACCAAUCUCUUGUAUUUAAUAAAAAGGUAGUGGAUUGAA